AUGAGGGGCUGGAGCGGCACCAGGGUGACAGUUGGCACCAGGGUCAAGAAGAUCCUUGGCUCGGGAGGCCCUCUCGGGCCCCGGAGCCUGCUCGUGCGGCAUGGCCUUGGGCUGCCCAGCGACGUCGACCGCGACAGCGCCCACGACGACGCCCACGACGACGACCCCCACGAAGAAGACAAAAUUACAGAAUCGUGCAUCUCCGCGACGAGACUGCAGGGCCAGACCCCGUCGGAGGUGCAGAGCCCCUUCACCAGGGUCCGGCUCCUCGGCCCCGUGCCCGCCGGGCGGGCGGUGCUCUCCGUGAACGGCCGCGUGCACGGCCCGUUCAAGCCUGCGGCUCCCGGCGAAGAUGCGCCGCUCGACAGGAGCGCCGUUGCGCUGGCGGAGGACAUCGAGCUGGCAUUCGGCCACAGGUUGGGAGGCCCCUCUGGCAGGAAGGCCCCAGACGCCGAGGACGCCUGGCCCGCCGCCGCCGCUGUGGCGUCGCUGCAGGCGGCCGGCGCUGGCGACGACAGCAUCGUGCUCGCGUACGCGCUGGCGGUACGGGGCCUGGCCAUGGAGCAGGCAACCUGGGGGCGGCCCUCUGCCGUUCGCUGGUGCCUCUCGGGCUGUGCCUUCUUCUCACGAUCAGGUGGGCUGGAUGGCGCGCAGUGCGGAGGCUAG